AUGAAGAUUGAACACAACUUUGCCUCUGUGGCACACCCACAGGCAAAUGGGCAGGUCGAAAGUGUCAACAAACAAAUAGUUGAUGGCAUAAAGGCGAGACUGGGGACAACGCGCAGAGGAUGGGUCGAUGAGCUCCCUAGCAUCUUAUGGGCUCACUGUACCAUGCCAAAAACCAGUACGGGAGAAACCCCAUUUAGUCUUGUUUACGGAUCAGAGGCGGCAAUCCCAGCCGAAAUUGGCCUUCCAUCGCCACGCAUGCUUGCCAUGGAGAAGCAAAAUAAUGAAAAAGAACGAAGAAUGGAUUUAGACCUCCUCGAAGAAAGGCGUGAGAACGCCGCCAUCACAGAAGCAAGGUAA